CGUCCUUUGCGGUUUGCACACGCUUCCAUCCGCACUGCAUCCAACUCUCAGGACGAACACGCCAUGAGCUCGCGCAUCAAGGGCCUCUUCGCCAGCAAGAAAAAAAAGGACGAGCGCACCGGUAGCAGUGGCAGCACCGGCAGGUCCCACUCCAAAGAUGUCUUCACCUCUGCAACUGCCCUGGCAUCCGAUUCUUCGUUUGCCACCAACACCCAUGCAAACGGGUCCUUCAUCAGCUCGACAUCGGCCUAUGAUCUCCACCAGGGCGAUUCGUCAGUUGAUCUGACUCUGACGCCUCGCACUAGCUUGAAGCAGCAGCAGAGUCAGCUUCAGACCACAACUACGUCCAGCGCCUCAAAAAUCUCGACCUCGUCCUCGAGCACCAUGGAAACUGGGCCAAUGACUACCGGCUUUGUAGCCGAAGGUCUUGCACUGCCUCCGGAUGACAGCUCAAAGACUACAGCCAAUGAACAUUCGAGUGAACCACAAUACGAACUGCGAAAAGAGGAAGAGCAUACAGCUAGUCAGAAGCCCAGCGAAGGGGUAAUGGGCACUCCUGGGUCAGUAGAGCUCAUUGCAGAUGCACAUGAUAACUCGGUCAACAAGAGCCAUCUAUCAGUUAACGGUGGUCAUAGAAUCAAUGUAAGUUGUGAGUCAAGUUCAGCCUAAGAGAUAUACUGGGGGCAACAUGGACUCACCAGUGCUGGCACGGUUAUAG